ACGGGCUGAUUUCAUAACGUGGGGAGGAAGAGAGGAAUGGGGCUUUGAGAACGAAUGAGCACCAGACCAGGUAGGCUCUAUGCACCAACAGUGUUAGGCUAUCUCUAUUCCCGGGCCAUGCAGACGGUGCGCUAGAGGAGAUGCGGUAGUGGAGGCUGCUGAUGCUGCUGUCCGAUCAGCUGUUAUUUGUGUCUUGAGCAUCAUCGCCGUGACGGCCACAGAGAUCGAGAUCAAGCUCCGGAGCCAGGGACACCGCAGACCAGAUAACAGAGGAUGGAGUUCAAGCAUCUGGUGGAGGCGGCGGAGAAGUGGUGCUCCGGUAACCCGUUCGACCUCAUCUUCGCCGAGGAGGACGACGAGAGGCGGCUGGACUUUUACGCAGAGCCCGGCGUCUCCUUCUACGUGCUGUGUCCCGGAGGCACCGACAGUUUCCAUGUGUGGAGCGAGAGUGAGGACUGCCUUCCCUUUCUACAGCUGGCCCAGGACUACAUCUCCUCCUGCGGGAAGAAGACUCUUCUGGAGGUGCUGGAGAAGGUCUUCACGUCCUUCAGGCCUCUGCUGGGUCUUCCAGACCUAGAAGACGACAGCUUUGAGCAUUACCACACUGACAUGGAGGGGGAACCGGGGCCCGACCAACAGCAGAUGGGGGUCAGCCAGCAGUGAUGAGCCCCAAGAAGAGGCCUGCAGCCGAGGCAGAGCUGCCUAUGAGCCCAGGGCCUCGACUCAUCAGCCCAAACACUUAACAACACACACUCUUAUCCAAACACACACACACCCACACACAUACACACACACAUACUUAACAGUCAACUUGCUAAAAAUGCACCACCAUGUUCUUGAAUGUCUCAGUGGCUUUGCUUCCCAAAGAGUGCACUCUGUUGCACUUUGUUGACCCCCUACUAAAAACACACUCACACUCACACUCACACUCACACACACACACACACACACACACACACACACACACACACACUGACAUUAGGGCUACGUGAGCUGUAGCCAUGUACAAUGCAAGAAUCAUAAUCAUUCACCAUUUGGUUAGUUAAAGUUCCACAGCACAGCAAUAUUACAUCGGCCUCAGCUGGCUUUGUUAUGCAGAAAUACAGUCAGAUGUUACCGCAAUACACACUUUCCCUGUGGCUUUGGAGAUGAAUGUGACAGAUAACCUACUUUCUCCGCGUGGCUGUUAGCACGGAGGAUACAUGAGAGCGAGAUGAAAGAUGAAUGGGUGAAAACUGACGGUUUGUGGCUGCCUGUGAGGCAACUGGAGUGACGCAAAAAGAGGCGAGGAAGGAGGUUGUUUUAGCAACGAAGAGCGGUAAAACGUUCCACUUGAUGGAGGGAAAGAAGGAGGGAAGUGAGGAUGUGUAGUUGUGAUGUGGAAGUCAGGUGAGGCAGCUCUCAGUCUUAGCCUGUUUUAAACACACUGUUAUAAUAGUUGUAUAGGUUACAGUCAAAAGCAUUUCACACAUUCGCUCCUCAUGUGGAAAGUGUGCAGCUUUACAGUAGCAUGGGUCAUAUUUUUGGAGGUGUGUCUCUUAGUGUUUCCAAGAGUUAGAAGUCACUUUAUGAAGACGUUUUUAAUCAGUGUUACUAUCAUAUGACCAUCACAACAAAGGCUCAUGCUGCAGCUUAAGCCCUUCCUGGUUUGGGUGUCUCGUCGUCACAUGACACUCUUAGUUCCUGUAGUCUUCCUGGUUGCUGGUGGUUCACAGUUUACCCUCUUGAUGAGAUACACUCCUGAAAUUAACCCCCUUCUCUUUUUGCGUGUGUUGUUUUGAAUUUAUCUGCUUCUUUCGAGGUUUUCGCCUGACCAUGAAUUUAACGAGUGCACACCCAAACCCCAGAGUGAUAUCACAGGGAAGAGAAAAUAUUUGUCGUCAGCCUCCCUUUGCCUACCCUGUAAUUUCUAAUCUGACAGUGUGUUUGUUGUAUGUCACAUCCAGUGCACUGCGAUGCUUCAGGCCUCCCCCCCCUUACCCCUCCCUCGCCUUCAACCACUCGAUCCACAUGCGAGACUGCAUCAGAUUUAUCUUUAUCUUUAGCCUGUUUACUUUGGCUUGUAAAUGUUUUUGUCUUUUUAUUGCCUCUUUGAAUGUUUCUCAUGCAGUGUAUCUUCUGUUUGCCCUCCGAUGUGUGUGAAAUUGUUCAAUAAACCGUGUGAACAGAGCGAGUGUUCCACA